CCAGAGUUGCCAUGCGAAAUUUUGUGUGUGUGUGUUGCCUGUGAGGCUCGCAGUGUCAGGAGGAAAAUCGUUAAAGAUUUCCAGCCAAUUUUCCCACAAACUGAGCAGCCGAAAGUGUCCAAAAGUCUUCCAACAGUAAUAACUUGCAUCCCCACUGCCAAUUUGUGCCAUCCACUUCAUGUGCUGCGGAUGAUAUUUGGCCUGGAAAAAUUGCAAUGAAUUCAGGGACGCCCAAUAAGAAGAUUUCGCCCCAAAUGCGCCUCCGGGAGCUGCAGAACUCACCAAAGUCAUCAGGAUCUCAAACACCAUUGCGUGGUGGUCGAUUCAGACUACUACCCAUGAUCAGUACCCCACCGCUCUCGCACAUCAAGAAGGUUAUUAACCCCUUUGAAGCUGCAUUGACUGAGAGACUUCAUUUGCCGGCGAUUUGCAGUCCGUCAUUGUUCCAUCGACCUAAUACUCCACCGCACUCAUCAACACAGUUCGAAUGGACCAUGGAACAGGUGUCUGUACUCAAUCCGGCAACAAUUGAAGCACAUGAGACACAGUUCUUGGAUUCGCCGGAUCCCGAUGUCGAAGCACGGGCUCAGGCGGCAAUUUCUACGUAUUUUAGGGAACAGCAUGUUGUGCCUAGUCCUAUAGAAUGUCCCAUGAGACUGACUAAAGUUUUGCACUGCCACGAUGAGGAUGAAGGAGAGCCUGCAGUGGCAGGAAAACGUCAUGGUGUGGCCCAAACGGUCCUCACAUUGCCUCCACGACUACCAAAAGCCGUGGAGGAUGCUCUGGCGCCCUUUUUUACCUUUACGGCUGAUCAGCAGCAGGCUCCAACGGAGGAGGAAAGUUAUGAUCAGGAGAAAAUUGAUGCAUCACUGAGGAGGCAAUUGUUUGGGGCUCCCGAGGGCACUGAGGAUGAAGAGGAGGCUGAGGAGGAGGAGGAAGAUGCUGUGGUAAUGCCUCCACCAUCGGGAAAUUGGACAGAAACUCCGGAGAAUUGGGGAAAAAAAUUCAGAGGGAGAAAUUUUGAUUCGCCUCACGAUAGGAGCUCUUUCUCGCCCAAUUUGUCAAUCACACCCAUCAAACGUGAGACUUUUGGGUCCCUGUCGCCCAUUGGGAAGCUCUCGGCCUCGGGGAAGCAGCAGAAGGCUCGGAGUAGCACCUCAAGUAUCUACCAAAGUACUCCUGAGCGCCUCAGUACACGAUCCGGAUCGGAGUAUUCAGUGCAAAUGUCACCGGAAGAGACAUCUCCGCCGAGGUCUUCUGGGGACGGGAGGUGCAUUGAGAUGUCACUAGUGUGUUCAGAGGGAGACGAGGAACCAAUGCAACUCAGUCAGAAUGAUACUCUGGCCAUCCAUGAGACUCCAAUGCGCUGUCGUUCAGCCAGCCGGAAGAAUCUCUCUCACUCUUUCUCCCAAAUCGCCGACACGGAUGAAGGAGUUGAGUUUUUUGGCCAUCGGACUGAUAAACAGUCUGUAGAGAUAAAAGACUCCGUCCAGGUGAACUUCACGAGGACUGAUAGUGGAUUCAAUGAUGGCAGCUGCGAUACCAUGGACAACAAGGAAAACUUGGAUCCCAUGGCUAGGGAAAAUUUUGAUCAGGACGUCUCCAUGGUGAUCUCAUGUACUCCAGCAAAAUGGUGACGAAAAGGAUGAUCAAGACACAUUCCCGCCCCAAAAUCCCCCUUAUCGUGCCAAUACUCAUGGAUUCUUUCCACAGGGAUACUCUCAAUUUGCAUUUAUAAAUCCCAAAAGAGCUUUUCCUUCCCAACGAUCACGGGAAAAUUGCUGUUUUUUUCUCUCUUGACAAUCUCCGGAAGAUUUUCCGCAGAUUCUUCUCUACUUAGACAAUUGUAUAUUGGAAUUUACGUGUUCAAUAAAGACGGCAAUAACUACAAAA